AUGCACGUCGAGAACAAGGUCGCCAUCAUCACCGGUGCCUCCUCUGGCUUUGGCAAGGCUCUGGCCGAGCGUCUGGUCGGCAAGGGUGCAAAGGUCAUCCUCGCCGAUAUCGAUAUCAAGGAUGGUGAACGUCUCGCCAAUGAGCUGAACUACGGAAAGGAGAACAAGGUCGCAUACUUUGUCCAGUGCGAUGUAACAAACUACGACCACCAGGCGAACAUGUUCAAGGCAGCCAAGACCCAUUUCGGCGGCGUCGAUAUCGUGAUCAACAAUGCAGGAAUUGCAGAACGCACCCCUCUCUGGGAGGAUGACACCGGAUUCUGGAAGAAAGUGAUCGAUAUCGACCUGACUGCUGUCGUUGAGGGAACUCGUCUGGGUAUUCAGGUCUUGAGAGAGCAAGGACGCGGUGGAGUCAUUGUCAACACUGCUUCAUUGGCUGGAUUGUACCCACAGCCAUUGACACCCGUCUACUCUGCUGCCAAGUUUGGUGUUAUUGGUUUGACUCGGUCCUGCAAGGAGCUUGGAGAUGGUAUCCGUGUUAACGCCGUUGCCCCCAGUUUCUCGGAGACAAAGAUUAUUGACGGGAUCAAGGAGUUGAUUUUGACCAUGGGCACCCUGGUCCCUGUUGAGCAAGUUAUUGACGCGUUCAUGCUGUUGAUCGAGGAUGACUCUUACAACGGUGAUGUUGCUCGAAUUACGUCCCAGUACGGGAUCUCUGUCAUCGGUCGCACCCCAAAGCCCUCCAAGGCCAAGCUGUAA